AUGUCCUCAAAAGCUAAACAAGCCAAGGCUGCGGCCAUGUCCUUGCAGGCCAAAGAAAAACAAGCCAACAAAGCCAAAGCUGCAGCCAUUGCCUUGAAAGCCAAACAAACGGAAGCCAAACAAGCCAAGGCUGCAGCCAUUGCCAAACAAGCCGAGCAAGCCAGAGAUGCAGCCCUGUACUCGGAAGCCAAACAGACCAAAGCUGCAGAUCCCAAUUACAUCAGCGAGCGCUUUGUUACCUCACUAGUCAAGAACAUCAACGAGGCAGGGAUCCCGUGUAUCCUUUGGGGAAACCGUCUCCUGCGAGCCCAUGGAGUUCCUACGAUUCUUGGCUCGAUCGAAUUCGUAGUUCCCGAAGGCCUGGUAUCCGCCGCCGCGGCAGCAAUUGCGUCUCGAAGACCGUUGAUAACAUGCCCGUACUGCCUGACCUGCCCUCUGGCCACUCCGACUCGUACCAGUCCCACGCCGGGCCGCCACUUUCACAUCCGAGAUAGGAAGGAAACGGUCGCCAUCCUGUCUCAGUCACAGGCGCUCUGGUUUCUCCCGACCAUGAACAACAACAAGCUCGUGGCGCCUUCCAGGGCUGACCUGCCCUCCUACCUCAUCCUCGCCUCCGACCGUUCGGAGCUGCCGCCACAGAGGCCAAAGCGCGGCUCCGGCUGCUUCAAGUCCGCGAUGAUCCCCGUCCUCGCCGUCCCCGCCCACAUCCUCGUCGAGGCCUACAUGCGCCUGUACGCUCGUUAUGCUGGAGGACCUAGUGCUGCCGCUUUCAUGACCAGGAUCGCCUGGCUCAGGAUGUACGUCGAGGAGGACGGAUACGUCAUUGCGAAGCGACUCCCGCAGUCGCUCCGCCCGUUCUACGUUGAGCUCACCAACAACGCGCCUAUUCGCGAGUGGACCCAGAGGCUCCAGAAGGAACUUGGAGAGCGUGUAGCCUGA